CACCGAUGCGUUAGGUGAUUUCUGCGCUCCCGUUAUGGCUUUAAAACCCUCCACCAGCCUGGAGCACUGACUCGAGCAGGACAGCAUGUGGAGCCGAAACCUAGUGCAAGAAGCAGCCAGGCCUAAGUGGAAAGUGGCAGAUCAAAGAACUAAACUGCCUGCGUGUCCGAAUCCUCGGCAAGGACUGCCUUCAUACACCUUCGGCUCCAAGACCCUGAGAUGUCCUGCAGCCCACAGGCCCUUAGAAAAGGUUGGAAUUGGCCCAUGUAGGUGGGAGGAGCCUGUGCUGCGCAGAGCGAGUGGUUAUCAUGGACGGCACGAAGAAGCUAGUCCAGUGCGCCCACGCAUUGUGACAGUGGUUCGGCCAUGUGGUGAGCACAAUCUGCGGAAGAUCUCUCUGCUGCUAAACCGACGCGCUGUACAGACGUUUGAGCUGUUGAUGACUGAUAUAUCAGAAGCUCUUGGCUUCCCAUGCUGGCACAGUGGUCGUGUUCGACGCCUUUUCAGCCCUCCUGGGCAAGAGAUACACAGCCUCUCUGAAUUCUUCCACUUUGGCAAUGCCUUCCUGGCCUUUGGCAUCAGCCGUCCAUCCAUUAGUGAAGUACAGGCCGCGCUGCAGGAGCUGUAUCCUGACAAUCCAGGUUACCAUGACAGCUUGUUGAGGUUGUGGGAGCGGAUCCUGAGGCCUAAAGCUGCUAAGACAGACAGUGGUUUCCAUGAAGAUGUACCCCAACAUGAUUCCACUUUGAAUGUAUCCCUUGAUUUAGUGACAAACCAGCCACCAGCUAAUCAUUUGCAGCCAUUCCGAGCACAAGUCAGGCAGAAAGACAGGGGCAGGUGGGAGAGGCAGAGAGGAGAGUGGGACAACAGGGAGGAUAGAAGAGCACACCAAUCUCAGACAAAAGAGGAGAGGAGGAUAGACAGGAAGAAGGAGCCAGUUUAUUGCCAGAGCUGUAGAGGAGCUGGUCCACCUAUUCCUCCAAUUGUAAACAAGAAGUCUGCUAAAUUAGAAAAACCUAACAAUGAGAGCAAAGCUCCUCUUUCCCAGGAUAACAGGAUGAAAAACUCAUCACAGAUCAAAAAGACUGAAGCAGACGAUCAGAAAAAUGAUCCAAGCAUCCUCGAAAACAAAGUGCUAAUUUUGGGGCCCCAAGCAGAAAUCCCAGUAGAACAAGACAAGCCUAAAACAGAAAUGGUAGAGCAGAAGGUCUUGUGGGAGGAGCUCCCACCUGACGGUAUGCAGGUCUCUCUGGAGGAAAUCCAGUGCUGCUAUGACAUUGGGGAUGUGGUGGGUGAUGGGAACUUUGCAGUGGUGUAUGAGUGCCGUGUGCACGGCUGCACCCAAACCUUUGCCAUGAAGAUGGUGGACAAGGCCAAACUGCAGGGCCGAGGUCACAUGAUACAGAACGAGAUCGCCCUACUGCGUAGCCUGACACACCCCCGCCUAGUGCGGCUGCUGCGCUCACAUCACACAGACACACACGUCUACCUGUUAAUGGAGCUGGUGUCUGGUGGCGAUCUGUUUGAUGCUAUUGCCAGGUGUGGAAAAUUCAGUGAGCCUUGUGCAGCUAGGAUGAUUCGGGACAUCAGCCAGGCUCUGGAGUACAUCCAUAACAAGAGCAUUGCACACAGAGAUAUCAAGCCUGAAAACCUUCUAGACCAACGGCACAGCAAUGGCAGUAUCAACCUAAAGCUGGCUGAUUUUGGAUUAGCCAUGGUAGUGACAGAGCCAGUUUUCACUGUUUGCGGCACACCGACAUAUGUUGCUCCUGAGAUACUUGCUGAGACAGGGUAUGGUGUAGAAGUGGACGUCUGGGCAAUGGGUGUGAUACUGUUUGUGCUGCUCAGUGGGUUUCCUCCCUUCCGCAGUCCAGAACGCAAUCAGGAGGAACUCUUUCAUCUCAUCCAGAAAGGAGAGGUCCACUUUCUGUCGCCUUACUGGGACCAUGUGUCUGAGGGAGCUAAAGUUCUGAUCAGUGCUCUGCUAGAAGUGAACCCCACCGUGAGACUGACAGCCAGUCAAACUCUGCAGAACAGCUGGCUUCUCCAUGCAGCAGCACAGAGCGACCAGGAGGAGGCGACAGACACCAGCAACAUCAUCAUCAACAAGAAAGACACACUCAAAUCAGGACGCAGAAAACAUGGGGCAUGGGGCAAUCAGCCAAAACUAGAUAUGUCAGUAGAGAUAGCUCAAGUGGCACAGACUGAAGGGAACAGAGAAAGCAACACAAAUAAAUACAGAGAAACCAACAUGGACCAGAAAGAUAAGCAGACUCCCAAGAGACCAUCACAAGUAAGAGAAAUCAGCAAAAAUGAUCACCAGCUGGAGGUAUCAGUAUUAGUACAAAAAGCAGAAACACCCGAGUAGUCAAGGUCUCUUGGAUGCCCACAUUAAGGAAGGUAACGAAAUCAGCAUAGUGAUGAAUACAUCAGAUUCACCGUUAUCACAGAAAACCAUUUUAGAUAACCUCAACCAGAGGCCUAGCACAUUCAUUUAAGUUAUUUGCAUUUCUUCAAAUCUGUAACAUAUAACCACAGGCUUUACUACUGACUACUCACCACAUUUGCACAGUAUGAUUUUACUACUUGAUAGGAAAAUAUUCCAUAAUUUCUUUCUUUCACAUCUGUAGCAUUUGAGCAAUUACUAUAAUCAAGAAUUGUUUCCCUCUACUAAGAAAAUAAUAAUAAUAAUAAAAAACUAUUCACAUGAAACUCACUUAUAAUGGAAGGCUGAAGCUCAAAAUUUCAUAUAAAUCCUUUUUAAAGCUGGCACUAAUAUUUUCAAAGGGUAAGAAUGGUUAUGCAUUAACAACAUAGUCAGUGUAGAAAGAAUGGUUAUUUGUGAACAAAGUAAACAUGAAAUGCCUCGAUUUAUACCUGAUCAGAACUGGAUACCAGUGUGAGGAUAAAGAAAGUGUGAGUAACAGAAACCAAACUUAUACUUACUCUGCAUUGAUUCUGUUAUGGGUGGCACAGUGGUGCAGCAGGUAUCAUUGCUGCCUCAGAGCUUCAGGGUGCCUGUUUCCAUCCAUGAUUGAUUAAUGAGGAAUGUUCCUGUGAUUAGAAAAUUGGAUACAACUAAAUCAGAACAACUGCUUCAUGACAAUUGCUUGUCUGUGUCAUAAGUCCAUUACUGUUAGUGUGUAAUGGUUGUUGUUUUGAAUUAAUACAGCUGCCCAUUAUUAAAGUAACUUACAUUAUGAGUGAGUUUAUAAGUAAAGAUGUUUUCCCUUCUUUUCUUAUUACAGGGAAACAGCAAAAUUCUUGUCCAUGGUAAUCACACAUAUAAAGAAAUAAACCAAGUUUUAAUUAAUUCUUUCUGGACCCCCAGGGUGGUUUCCUUUGGAUUUAGUGGAGGUUCCCCCUUUGCUCAUUUCCUGGCUGAGUAUCUAUAGCAAAGGUGUCACCUUGUGAGAGUUUCCCAUGAGUAACAUAUAAAAUGUCCCUGCUAAUUUUUGUUCAUCCCCUUUCCUGUUCUCAUCUUACUGAGGAGUUGAACAAGUGGAUUCAAGAUGCUAAGUAUAGUGCUCUAUCUUUGUUUCUAGCUAAUUUUGUUACUCUUAACUCUGUACUGUUGCAGCUUCUGCACAAGUUCUCCACAACUUGGGUGAUGGUAAUUCUAGUGUUGGAAGUAUUACUGUUCUACCCAUCUUUGACUUUGUCCUUAGAACAGACACAUGGCCUAUUGUUUUUGUUGGAGUAUAGCAGUGUGCAUAAUAAAUAAUUUAAUAAUUUUCUUCAGUCAUAAAUUCAUAACUUUCCCAGCCUCUUGUAUUUCAGAGCAAGAUGGUUCUGCCCAGUCCCAGUGGAAUUGGAUGAUGGAAAAUAAGCAAUCCCCAAAUAGUUUGGGAAAGGAGUACAUUCAAGAAGCACCUAAAGAGCAUUGCCCUAACUGCAGCACAAUGCCAGUAACAAUGUGUGAAGCUUGCAGGCUGUAUAAACACUGCUGGGCUAUUCAGCGUUCCCCUGAUGCUGACAUGGUAGCAGACAUGCCUGUGGCAAGCUAUCCUUUGUUGCAUUGUUCCAGCAGGAACAGAAGCCCUCAGGAAGGGGAAGAGUGAGUUACAUCAUUGGAAUAAAGAAGAGUUGGCAAAGGGCAUGAGAAAAAAAAUGCAAGAUCUGUUGGCAAGUAGCAGAGUAACGAAAUGUAGAAUUCAGUGGAACUAAAUCCUAACUGCCUUGCAUGGAGAGAGACUGACGUAUUUCUCCUAGCUGCUUCAGGAACCUCUAAGGGUGCCACAUGCUAGUGGAAACUGACAGCACCACAGAGGUGUUUUACCUCAAACAUGAAUGGGGUGCAAAAUUGCAAAUGACGUCGAGAUGAGCUAGCAACCUCUGGAAGUGGACUGAUGCACAUUUUCUGUCUUAAGAACUGCCUGCCUACUGAGUCAUUGCAAUCAGAUAGUAGACACUGUCUUGCAGGGAUUGGCAAACACUGGCCGAACAGGCCAUGGUUCCAAAUGUCAGUGUUAUUCACAGGCACUGUGUGCCUGCUACCUAUCGGACCAAGCCUGUGGUCCCAGAUGAAUGGAUCACUGUGACACAGUAAAUCACCUAUCUUACAAUGAUUGAAUUGGCCCCAGCAUAUUGGCACGUUCACAAAGGCUGAGACACAUUGAGUACUCAUGCUCCAUCUACAUGCUGGUUGUAUGCUGGACAUAAACCCCUUAUCUUGCACCAGAUGCUAUUGUGGAUUUUUUCUUUCUUUUUUUGAAGCGUUGGCUAGAAGUACCUCUUUCUGUAACUACCCUAAAGGUGUAUGUAGCAGAACUGUCUGGGCACUGGGGACAGAUUGACGGUUGGUUGGAAAGAACACACAAACUAGUCAAACCUUUCUUAAAGAUGCAGGACAUCUGCAAACCUCAUGGAAAAACAGUGAUCCCUCAGUGGGACCUGGACUUGGUGCAAAGUAGUUUGUGCAGCUUGCCAUAUGAACCAAUGCAGCACACACAUAUAAAGUGUUUUUGUACUUUAAGACAGCUUUGCUGGCUAUCACUAUGUCCAUGCUGGUCUGCAGAUUGCAUGCGCUUUCAGUCAGCAUGCUUGCUCUUGUAUGCUCUUGAAGAUGAGAAUGUGCCCACACCAGCCCUGGGUCCAGUGAGGGCUCUCCAGCAUUAUGUGGAAAUGACUGUUAGCUGGCAAGUUAACAAGCAGCUGUUUGUGUGCUAUGGGGAGCACCAUAAAGGAACCCCACUUUAAAAACAGGUUAGCCCAUUGUGUAAAGAAAGUUAUUGUGCAAGCAUACUUGAACGAAGGUAAAGAAAGGGUUCCUUCACCAGAUACUACAAAUUAAGUGUUGCUUAAUUGCACCCCUUGUGUUCUGUGGUGUAUUUGAGUGAGUCUCACCCUGAAUAGAGUGCAGUAUCAGAAUGCUAAGCAAAUCUUAUCAUGAAUAAAGGUCAGCACCAUGAGCAGUUGUUAUCCUCAGUGAAGAACAAUAUCAUAAUUUUAAUCCUUUUUAUCUUCAGUUGAAAACAGUCUCAGAACAGUGAGUCAUUCUCAUUCUUAUGAUAACCUAAAGGACAGCAUCAGCACUUGAGUGAUUCGCAUCCUUCAGUAUAGAGCAGUAUCAACACUAGUGAUUCUCAUUCAUAGCAUGGAUCUUUUAUAGGCUACCCACAUGGGGUCACAGUCACGAGGUGAGAACUUUCCUAUUUGUACUUUGCAAAGAAAUGAGCAAAUGGGAAUACUCCACUAGCUCAGAAGCAAACCACUCUGGUGGUCCUCCACUCACAUGUAGAACCUGGUAUCUUUGGUAUAUGAAUGAAUAAACUACUUUGUAUAUUUGGUUAAAGUUAGUUGGGUUAUGCUAUGAGAAAGAGCAAGAGAAUGAAUGAAAUAUGUGAAAGCUGUACACGUCCUCUCUCUCUGCUUCCUUUUAAUGAAUAUACAUGAAGCUACAAAAGAUCGUGAAAGUCCCUCAAAAGGUAAGAAGCACUUUAAAGCCACCACUGUAGGAAUCCAGAUAGUGGAGGUGGGGCUUGGUGUGUGUGAAAUUUGAGUGCCAAUGACUUUGUGGACAAAAGGCAGCCAUUUUAGGCAUUUCAGCUGCCUGGCUGGUGAGAACACAUGACCCGUAUCCCUGUAACUGAACUCUGGGAUUCCUCUUUCCUUCUUCCAAAUCAGUAUUGUGAUAUUGUAUAUCUGUAACAAAUGGUAUUUUCCCAUAUAUCCGUUAUUUUGUAUUAAUAAAGGUCAUAAGAGUUCUGUGAAAAUAACAAAUGAGACAUUUUGUAUUACUGGUUUGAACAUUACACUUAGUUAGGAAUAUUGCUUGCUACAGUUUGGAAUAAUUAAUGGGAAAACGUUGGUAUAAUUAAUCUUUAAUCUUUAAAGAAUCUUUAAAAUCUUCAAAGAAAAUGUGCUGUUGCAAAAGAUAUGGCAGUGGAUGUUUUACAUAACUGUUAAAGUGAAGUCAUAACAAUCUAAUAGAAAUUGGUAGAAUUUGCCUUUUAAAUUAUAU